AUGCUAGUCUUGAAUGGUACUCCCUUCCAGCCAGCCACACUACAGCUGACAGGCAUUCCUGGGAUGCAGACAGGCCAAGCUUGGAUUGCCCUGAUUUUCUGCCUCCUCUACUUCAUCUCCAUUUCAGGUAACCUCAGUAUCCUUGCUCUGGUCAUUCGGGAACCUCCUCUGCACCAGCCCAUGUAUUAUUUCCUCUCUAUGCUCUCUCUCAAUGAUCUGGGAGUGUCCCUAUCUACACUUCCCACUGUGCUUGCUACCUUCUGCUUCAACUACCGCCAUGUUGGUUUUGAUGCCUGUCUGGUCCAGAUGUUCUUCAUUCACACGUUUUCUUUCAUGGAAUCAGGCAUACUUCUUGCCAUGAGCUUUGACCGUUUUGUGGCUAUCUGUGACCCACUACGCUAUUCUACUGUACUUACCAAUAGCCGCAUCUUGGCUAUGGGUCUGGGUAUCCUUACCAAAAGUUUCACUACCCUCUUCCCUUUUCCCUUUCUUGUAAAACGAUUGCCCUUUUGCAAAGGCAAUGUGUUGCAUCACUCAUAUUGCCUCCAUCCAGAUCUGAUGAAAGUGGCAUGUGGAGAUAUUCAUGUUAACAAUAUCUAUGGACUCUUCGUGGUCAUUUUCACAUAUGGUGUAGAUUCAGUUUUCAUCCUUCUGUCCUAUGCAUUGAUCUUGAGAGCUGUAUUGGCCAUUGCAUCCCAGGAGCAGCGACUCAAGGCACUCAACACCUGCAUAUCACAUAUCUGUGCAGUGCUAGCCUUUUAUGUCCCCAUAAUUGCUGUCUCUAUGAUCCACCGCUUCUGGAAAAGUGCUCCUGCUGUUGUUCAUGUUAUGAUGUCCAAUGUCUAUCUUUUUGUACCACCCAUGCUCAACCCCAUCAUCUAUAGCGUGAAGACGAAGGAGAUACGCAGAGGCAUCCUCAAGGUCUUCCAUAAAUCUCAGACCUGA